UGGAACGUGAGGGCCUCACGUGACCGGCGUUGGCCCGCUGCCUCGGAGAGUCAAGCCCCGGCUCCCCGCGGGGCGGCAGUGUGGGGCGCGGGUUGCUGCGCGGUCGCGAUGUUGAGUAAGGGACUGUCGGGGGUCCUUGCCGCCCGGGCCGCGGCUCUGCUGCCGGGGCGCGCGUGCCUGGGACUCCUGGGCGCCGGGCUCCGAAGGGUCAGCACCAGCUGGUCUCCGGUGGGUGCCGCCUUCAAUGUCAAGCCACAGGGCAGCCGCCUGGACCUGUUCGGCGAGCGCCGGGGGCUUUUUGGAGUUCCUGAGCUCAGUGCCCCAGAAGGAUUCCGUGUGGCCCAAGAAAAUGCCCUGAGAAAGACGGACCUGCUGGUGGCACGUGCGUGUUCCACGCCGCCGGGGCCGCAGACCGUGCACAUCUUCGACGAGCUCUCCGACGUCCUCUGCCGGGUGGCGGACUUGGCUGACUUCGUGAAAAUUGCUCACCCCGAGCCAGCAUUCAGGGAGGCGGCGGAAGAAGCCUGUAGAAGUAUCGGCACUGUAGUGGAGAAGUUGAACACAAAUGUGGACUUGUAUCAGAGUCUGCAGCGACUGCUGGCUGAUAAAAGGCUCAUGGACUCCCUCGACCCAGAGACCAGGCGUGUGGCUGAACUCUUCAUGUUCGAUUUUGAAAUCAGUGGAAUCCAUCUCGAGAAAGAAAAGCGCAGAAGAGCAGUGGACCUGCAUGUUAGGCUCCUGGACUUGAGCAGCACGUUUCUCAUGGGAGCCAACCUGCCCGCCAAGAUAGAGAAGCAUCUCCUACCGGAGCGCGUUCGCCAGAGCUUUGCUCUCGCCGGGGACCAUGUCAUAGUGGACGGCCUGCAUGCAGAAGCGCCGGACGACUUGGUGCGAGAAGCUGCUUACAAAAUUUUUCUUUACCCCAAUGCUGGUCAGUUGAGCUGUUUGGAAGAAUUGCUCAGCCGCAGAGACCAGCUGGCUCGGCUAGUCGGGUAUUCCACAUAUUCACACAGAGCCUUGCAAGGGACGAUAGCGAAAAACCCAGAGACUGUCAUGGAGUUCCUUGAGAAACUGUCUGACAAACUUUCGGAAAGAACUGUUAAAGAUUUCGAGAUGAUGCGCAGGAUGAAGAUGAAACUGAAUCCUCAAAGUUCAGAAUUAAUGCCCUGGGACCCCCCCUACUACAGUGGCGUGCUUCGUGCAGAAAGGUAUAAUAUCGAGCCCAGCAUAUACUGCCCAUUUUUCUCCCUUGGAGCGUGCAUGGAAGGCCUUAACAUUUUGUUUAACAGACUGUUUGGGAUUUCGUUGUACGCAGAGCCGCCUGCGAGGGGAGAGGUGUGGUGUGAAGAUGUUCGGAAGCUGGCCGUGGUGCAUGAGGAGGAGGGACUGUUGGGCCACAUCUACUGCGACUUCUUCCAGCGGGCCGGCAAGCCGCACCAGGACUGCCACUUCACGAUCCGCGGGGGCAGGCGGAUGGAGGAUGGACACUACCAGCUCCCGGUUGUGGUCCUCAUGCUGAACCUCCCCCAUUCCUCGAGGGGUGCGCCAACCCUGCUGACACCGGGGAUGAUGGAGAACCUCUUCCACGAGAUGGGGCACGCCAUGCACUCCAUGCUGGGCCGGACUCGCUACCAGCACGUCACAGGGACCAGGUGCCCCACGGAUUUCGCCGAGGUCCCCUCUGUUCUGAUGGAGUACUUCGCGAACGACUACCGGGUGGUCAGCCAGUUUGCCCGGCACUACCAGACGGGGCAGGCGAUGCCCAGAAACAUGGUGUCCCGCCUCUGCGAGUCCAAAAAGCUGUGUGCCGCAGCUGACAUGCAGCUCCAGGUCUUCUACGCCGCGCUGGACCAGACCUACCACGGGCGGCACCCGCUGAGCAGCUCGACCACCGCCCUCCUGCAGGAGGCCCAGGAGCGGCUCUACGGCUUGCCCUACGUCCCCAACACCGCCUGGCAGCUUCGGUUCAGUCACCUCGUGGGCUACGGAGCCAAGUACUACUCUUACCUGAUGUCCAGGGCUGUCGCCUCCAUGGUUUGGAAGGAGUGUUUCCUACAGGAUCCUUUCGACAGGGCGACCGGGGAGCGCUACCGGCGGGAGAUGCUGGCGCAUGGCGGGGGCCGGGAGCCCAUGCUCCUGGUGCAAGGGAUGCUGCGGAAGCGCCCCUCUGUGGACGACCUGGUGAGCGCCCUGGUCUCUGACUUGGACCCGGACUUCGAAACUUUCCUCUUGGACUCCGAGUGACGGGGACGCCCCGCACCGCCCACGUCCCAGUCUCGAGGAUGUUGAUGUCGUAAAUGCUGUGGCUGCCAACACUGGCUUCUGAUGACAGUGUUCGCCUCUGUGCUGACUUCCGAAGACCCUUCGACGGGUGGAACUUGAAAUAAAUAGUUUGUUUUAAUUAA